AUGGGUAAGAAUAAAAAGAAGCUGAAUAAUCAGUCCAAGACUCCAAAAGAUAGUGGGAACGAGACGACCGAAUCACAAGCAACUGAAUCCAUUGAUACUAAGGAAGUGUCAGAAACUGUGUCUGUAGAGGAUAAGAAAGAAGAAGGGGAAUUCACAGAAGAAAGUAAAGAAACUCUGAAUGGUGGUGUAUCAGAGAAUUCAUCGGCUUCAACUGACACAGCUGAAUUACUUGAAAAAUUAAAACAAACCGAACUUGAACGAGAUGAAAUUCAACAAUCCUAUGAUAACUUGGUUAGUAAAAUAUCGUCUAUGAAAACAAUAUUCACUAAAUUGAAACAAUCAGAAUCUGAAUUGGAAGAAAAAUCUGAAUUAGUUGAUCAAUUAACUGCAGAAAAUGAAAGUUUAAAACAGAAAUUGAAAGAAUCUUCAUCGAAUAAAGUUGAUAUUGAGACCAUUAAUAAGUUAAAAGAGCAAAAUAUUGAUUUGAAUAAUGAAUGUGAAAAAUUGAGUGAUUCUUUAACCAAAUCUAGGCGAGAGUAUACAUCUACUAUUCAAGAACUACAAGAUGAAAAAUACGAGUUAGAAAAUCAAAAUUCUAAAAUAUCAAAAAAACUACAUGAAUUAAAGCUGGAAAUUAAUGAGUUGAAUCUUGCUCAAGAUGAAAUGAAUAUGGAACAAAAAAGUUAUAUAUCUACAAUUGACGAAUUAAAGGAAAAACUAGUAGCAAAAGACAACGAGAUAUCUGAAUCUUACAAAACAAUAGAAGAAUUAAAGACACUAGUAUCUACGAAUCAAACCAACACCGAAAAGGAAGUCUCCUCAUUGAACGAUAAAAUAACUCAAUUGGAAGAAACUAUAAUGACUCAUGAAUCUAAAAACAAAUCUUUAGUUGAAGAGCUCAACACUAGUCGUGAUGAAUUGACUAAAUUGAAUGAAGAAAUCAAGAAAAUAGAUGAAUUAAAAACUGAAGUUCAUAACAAGCAAUUACAAAUUGGUAAGUUACGUCAUGAAGCAAUCAUAUUAAAUGAGCAUUUAACCAAAGCAUUGACCAUGUUGAAACAAGGUGGUGAAAAUGGAUCUAAUAAAACAAUUGACAAGGAAUUAAUAUCAAAUAUAAUUAUAAGUUUCCUACAAUUUCCAAGAGGUGAUACUAAGAAAUUUGAAGCAUUAAAUUUAAUCAGCGCAUUAUUGGAAUGGGAUGAACUGCAAAAGAUUUCUGCUGGAUUAACUCAUUUGCCAAAUCUUAAAAAUCAACAGACUAAAUUAGAUAAAGAUGGUAAUGAAGUCCCUGUUAGACAAAGUUUUGUAUCUUUAUGGACAGAAUUUUUAGAAAAAGAAUCAACUGGGAAAUAA